AUGACUCUUCUUCGUCUUCGUCUUCGUCUUCGUCUUCUUCUUCGCCAGUUCCAUUCAUCAGUCGCCUCCUCGCCCGCUCCCUCGCGAACAAGGCCAACAACCAUCCUCAAAGCUCCGCCUUUUCCAUCCCACGGCACCCGACCAAACGCAACCAACAACGAUCCCAGCUCCCCCGCUUCCAACUCCUGUGCGCUUCGCCCUCGCAAUGGUGCCGCCCCUGACGUUGAAGGCCGCGGCUUUGGCUCUGCCCGCCAACCGUUCGACACAAUUACGCAGAGAGAUUUGUCCGUUCGUUCACAUUCUCACUUCUCUCGUGCCAAGAGAGCUCCCUGUCUUCUCCGUUCGGCUAUUUCGUCCAUCGUUCGCGCCGUCAACGGCACGGCUUCGGAUGACGUGAAGCGUAGAAUCCAUGCAUCCGUCAUAAAAAGAGGGUUAGAUUCGUCAAUUCCUGUCGCCACCGUUCUUAUAGGCUUCUACUCUUCUCGAUUUGAAUCGGAAAGUGCUCGGCGCCUGUUCGAUGAAAUACCCACAAAAGACCUUAUCUUGUGGAGUGCGAUGGUUUCCGCGUACUGCAAGCGCGGCCGUUUCUUAGACGCUAUCGGUGUGUUUGCUGAGAUGCAGUGUUCUGACAUCAGCCCGAACACUGUGACCUUAUUGAGUGUUCUUCCGGCAUGCGCUAAUCUCCGUGCUCUCCUUCAUGGUAAACAAAUUCAUGGCUUUGCUGUAAGAAGGAUGUUUCAUGCACAAACGAGUAUACAAAACUCGAUUAUGGAUAUGUAUGCCAAAUGCGGUAGUCUCGAUGCUGCAGCUUACGUCUUUGAUCAAAUCAAAGAGAAGGAUGCCAUCUCCUGGAAGAGCAUCAUCUUUGGGUGCAUUGACAAUCGACGGUUAAGAGAAGCACUAGUGCUGUUCCACAGGAUGAGGGCUUCUAGCAUUGAGCCUGAUGAGACCACUCUGCGGAAUUUAGUACGUGCAUGCUCGGAAGGAGAUGAAGACUUCUUCUUCAUUGGAUUAGGAUUGCAUUGCUAUGUCGUAAAGAUUGGGUUUUCCGACUCCGUUCAAAUGAAAACAGUGCUGCUUAGCAUGUACGCAGAAUUGAUGGAAGUUGAGGCAGCGAGGGCAUUGUUCGACGAGCUCCAUGAUAAAGAUCACAUAGCGUGGAGUGCUAUGAUCUCAGUUUAUACCCAAGCAGGACACCCUUUUCUUGCUUUGGAGACGUUCAAACAGAUGCAGUCGACAAAAACCGAAGCUAAUGAAAUCACCUUUGUUAGUUUGCUGCAUGCUUGCUCUUCGAUGGAAGCACAAGGUCUAGGAAGAAGCAUUCAUGCACGUAUUAUCAGAUCGGAACAUAUAAAUAAUGCUUUCACAGCAUCAGCUUUGAUUGAUUACUACUGCAAAAUCGGGAGGCUAAGGCAAGGGGAGAUCUCAUUCGGGAAGCUCGAAAGGAGGGACCUUGUUUGUUGGAGUUCCAUGAUCAACGGAUACGGAAUAAACGGGCGUGGAGAAGAGGCGAUCCGAACUUUCGCUUCCAUGGUAGAGACUGGGAUGAUGCCGAAUGAGGUAGUAUUCCUCUCCCUCCUAUCAGCAUGCGGCCAUUGUGGUCUUGUAAACGAAGGAUGGCACUGGUUCUACUCCAUGAAAGGCAAGUUCGGCAUCGAUCCAACCGUGGCGCACUACACUUGCAUGUUGAAUAUGCUGGGGAGGCAAGGGAGGGUAGAGCAAGCUUUAGAGUUUGUGAAGAAGAUGCCGGUGAGAGCCGACGCCGCUGUCUGGGGUGCUUUGUUGGGGUGGUGUAGGGCUACUCGGAGGGAUGUGAAGGUUGCCGAGUUUGCAGCUGAGCAAAUUGUUGGGUUGGGUGCGAGUGAUAGCAGUUGGUAUGUGACAUUGGCUAAGUUGUAUUCGAAAUUGGGCAUGUGGGAAGAUGGUGAGAGGAUGAGAGAGAGGAUGGAGGAAAGGGGGAUAAGAAAGAUAGCAGGGUGUAGCACGGUUUGA